AUGUCUGCGAAGACGACUGUGGAAACUAAAAUAAAAUUAGUCACUGACCAGGAGAUAGCCAAAGAUCUAAAACCAGUUGAGGGACUACCAAGAAGACGGUGGGCUGUGGCCUUAUAUGCAGUGGACGACACGGGAGUAGACCGUGAUUUGAGCUAUGUUGAUCAAGUAGAAUAUCACCUUCACCCAACUUUUGGUGACUGGAAGAGAGUUGUACGGAAGCCACCAUUUACACUUGCAGAGAAGGGAUGGGGUGAAUUCGACAUGAAAGUAAUUCUUUACUUUGUUGACAAGUCUAUUCCUCCACAUGAGCUUGAGCAUGACCUUAACUUCAGUAAACCGCACUACGAAGUUUUGCAUACUCUGAUUUUUACUGAUCCAAAACCCACAUUUCGGAGGUUGUUGCCACCUGGCUCAACGGAGAUAGCUAAGUCGAAACCGGGUAGACCGCCCAAAAGAGCCAACUCUUCAAGUACCGUUACGUUAGCGAAAAAGCAAAAGGUAGAAACAACGUCGACGAGACCGUCGAAAACAGAAACAGUUACGACAAAACAGACGAAAAUGGAAGCACCGCCUACACCAACUUUUGGAUCUCCACACAAAUUAUCGCCCGUGAAAACAUCACCAGCGAAGCAAGUGUCUUCGAAAUCUGCGUCACCUAAAGUAUCUACCAAAUUGAUUCCUUCUAAAUCGACAUCCAAGUCCACAACGUCCAAGUCUAUGAAAUCCGAAUCCCCAAAUCCUUCUCCUACACCCCCAAAAUCUUCUCCGGAAUCUGCUCAAUCGGUAACAUCGUACGAGAACAGAGUGACACUCCAGCGUCUAGCCGACAAUUUAUAUGCGUUGCAAGGAGAUGACAUUCAUGACCUCAUCGAUAUAAUUAAUAAGCAUAGAACAGAUCAUAUGUAUAUAAAUGACCGAAUUGAGGGGGAGUUUCAUUUCGAUCUUAAAACUAUGGACGAAGAUCUUUUACGAGCACUAUGGGAAUUCUCCGAGACAAGGCUCGCCCAGUCGACGUUUACAUAA